AUGGAUGCUAAACAACUUCUCUACAGCUGGUGUGGCAAACAUAAAAUUGGCAACCCAAACUAUGAGUUUGUCACGGGUGGGCCCAAACACAGGCAGAGGUUUAAAUGCGAGCUCCGCAUAGACUCAUUUGACUACGUUGCUGUGGGCAACUCCACCAACAAGAAAGAUGCCCAGGCUAAUGCUGCGAAGGACUUUCUCCAGUACUUGGUUCGAAUUGGCCGAAUCGCUGCUAGUGAGGUUCCUGCAAGCCUGCUGUCUGGAGGGAGUGGAGCAGCUAUGGAACCAGCACAGGAGCAUACCACCGGUGGUGCAGCCUUUGAGGGAUCAUCAGGCAUCCUUCCUGGAGGUACUCUAGCUCCACAUAUGCGGAUACAGGUUCCAAGUGACAGACCUGAUGGACCUCAACGAGAGUUUCCAGCAUAUCAGCGCGGACCCCCGGUAGAGUACAUGGACAGAAUAGCAGAAAAGAGGAAGCUGGAAGAGUCAGAGGACUGUGACUUUAACAUGGAGAUCCAUGGUAACUGGACAAUGGAGAAUGCCAAGUCACGUCUGCACCAGUUUCUAAAUACAAGGAGAAUCAACACCGACUACAAAUAUCACAUCAUGGGCCCGGAUCACAACAGGAGUUUUGCAGCUGAGAUGGGUUUCUAUGUGAAAGAGCUUGGAAACAAUAUACAUGCCCGAGAAGUGGGCUCCAGCAAGCAGAUAGCCUCCAAGUCUUGUGCCCUGUCACUGGUGCGCCAACUCUACCACAUGAAGAUCAUUGAAGCUUACACAGGGGAGAAGAAGAAGAAAGCCAGGGAGAGGGUGCCCCCCUAUGAUGUGGCCAUCAGUGAGGAGCUGGAGCAGAAGAUUGACCAGUGUCUCAGUUUGUGGCAGAUCCAGCCAAUCACUGACUUCACGACGGGAGAGGCUCCAGUGGAGGGUGAAGAGCUGCCCUCAGUCUCCCUCAUCAAUCAGCCUACUUUGGAAGAGUUUGAACCAGCUCCCCCCAAGAAUACACCUGGUGUGGUACCAUGGUCACCACCUAUGCCUAAUUGGAACCCCUGGAUUAACUGCAACAUUGAUGAGGGCCCAUUAGCAUCAGCCUCCCUUGAAGAAAUCAGCAGUGACCUGCGCAUGGCUCUGCAGAGGCAGUAUGAGGAGGACCAAAACCUCAUGCAGAUGAUAGAGAAGCGAGCACAGCUGCCAGUCCAUGGCUCGUGUGAGUACAUUCUUCAGCAGAUCCAGGACAAUCCCGUCACUCUGAUCCGAGGUGAAACUGGCUGUGGUAAAACAACACAGGUGCCCCAGUUUAUCUUAGAUCAGAUGAUCAACUGUGGACAGGGAGCACAUUGCAGCAUCAUCGUCACUCAGCCUCGGAGAAUCAGUGCUGUGACUAUAGCUGAACGUGUGGCCAGUGAGCGGGCAGAGAUGCUAGGCAUGUCAGUAGGUUACAGUGUCAGGUUCGAGUCUGUGAUGCCUAGACCAUAUGGUGCUAUCAUGUACUGCACAGUUGGAACCUUGCUGAGACGUCUGGAAGGUGGCCUCCGAGGUGUGUCGCACGUCAUUGUGGAUGAAAUACACGAGAGAGACAUCAAUACUGACUUCCUGCUGGUUCUUCUACGUGACAUGGUGCGAACGUACACAGAUCUAAGGAUUGUCCUCAUGUCGGCCACAGUGGACACCACACUGUUCACUGAAUACUUUGGCCAGGUGGCUAUUGUGGAGGUCUAUGGCAGAACAUUCCCAGUUCAAGAGUAUUACCUGGAGGAUGUCAUUGAGAUGCUGAAGUUUGUACCUCCCCCCAAUGAUCGCAGAAAGAACAAACAUAAGGAUGAUGAUGAUGAAGGAGUAGAUGCAGAUGAGGAUGAGAACUGCAAUAAAAUGAUUGAACCCAGCUACUUGGAGUCAACAAAGAUGGCCAUGGCUCAAAUUCCAGAGAAGGAGAUUUCUUUUGAACUUGUUGAGUCAUUGCUGCGAUACAUCAAGAGCCUCAAUGUGCCAGGAGCUGUCCUCUUUUUCCUGCCUGGUUGGAAUUUGAUUUUCAUGCUGCAGAGAUAUCUAGAGCAGAGUCCAGAGUUUGGUAGUCCCAGAUAUCGCAUCUUGCCUCUACAUUCAGCCAUCCCUCGAGAGGACCAACGCCGGGUAUUUGAGCCAGUUCCUGAAGGUGUCACUAAGAUUAUCUUGUCCACCAACAUUGCAGAGACCAGUGUCACCAUAGACGAUGUUGUCUACGUCAUAGACUCCUGCAAGGUGAAGAUGAAACUGUUCACAUCCCAUAAUAAUAUGACCAACUAUGCCACUGUGUGGGCUAGUAAAACCAACCUGGAACAGAGGAGGGGCCGUGCUGGUCGUGUGCGUCCAGGAUUCUCCUUCCAUCUGUGCAGCAAGGCAAGAUAUCAGCGGCUAGAGCAGCACUCCACGCCGGAAAUCUUCCGCACACCUUUGCAUGAGCUGGCACUUUCCAUCAAGCUGCUGAGGUUGGGUCCUAUUGGCAUGUUCCUAGCUAAAGCCGUGGAACCUCCACCCAUUGAUGCUGUUAUAGAAGCUGAGGUUAUGCUCCGAGCCAUGAGAGCCCUGGAUUCCAACGAUGAGCUGACUCCGCUAGGCAGACUGCUGGCUAAGAUGCCUAUAGAGCCACGGCUGGGCAAGAUGAUCAUCUACGGCUGCAUAUUUUAUGUGGGUGAUGCCAUGUGCACCAUUGCCGCUAGCACCACAUUCCCUGAGCCAUUUAUGACCCCCACUGACCGCCGCAGGCUGGGCUGGGUUCACAAAAACAUGGCAGGAAGCCGAGCUAGUGACCAUGUGGCUCUGUUGAAUGCCUUCCAGAUGUGGGAAGAAGCCAGGUCUGGAGGAGAGAGUUCUGAGAUCAGCUUUUGUGAGAACAAAUUACUCAACAUGCAGACAUUACGCAUGACCUGGGAGGCCAAGAACCAGCUGAGAGACAUCCUUCUGAUGACUGGCUUCCCUGAGGAGAGCCUUCUGCCACAGUCAUUCAACUUUACUGGACCUGACAACAGACUGGAUACUGCCAUUUCGCUGCUGUGUAUUGGCCUCUACCCAAACGUCUGCUACCACAAGGAGAAGAGGAAAGUGCUGACACAGGAAUGCAAGGUUGCCUUGGUGCACAAGUCCUCUGUCAACUGCAACAAUUUUGCUGUAGAGUUCCCAUCUCCAUUCUUCAUAUUUGGAGAGAAG